UUAACGAUUUUCUGCUCUGCAGAUUUUGGAUGGUUCUUAGUUCUGGAUAUUGAUUUGAAUUUAAACUAAAUUAACUAACAACAAAUCGUUAAUCGCGUGUUCAUUAACCAUUACCUUUUGUUACAACGUUAAAUCGAUCGCUGGAAACCGCAGUUACUAGUGAAGCCUUUACGUUUCGAGAUAUCCCGGCCCGAUGGACACGGAUUUUAAGUCCUGCUGAGAGCGAGCACCGAGCAUAUUGAGUCGGUCGCAAAGAAGAAUGAAUGAACGAAUAAAGAACGAAUGCGAGAACGAAGACGAAGACUCGCCGGGCGUGAGUGAAGAAGAAACGGCUGCUAGCCUUUACACUGAUUAUGAAGAAGCUGAGAGUGCACAGAAUGGUCAGAUAGACCAUCAGGUGAAGGUAGAAGAGGCUGAGCAGAGUCUGUAUGAGGAACAUGAGGUGAAAGAUGUGUUGGGCCCUGAAAAGAAAGUGGUUGUAAUGCACCAAGAAACCAUGGGCUCAGGGAUGACCUGCUCUGUCCGACUUGAACACAUGCGUGUGGACAUGGAGCUCCGCACAUACAGGAUUGGUGAUAACAUUCAGGAGUUCCAGCAUUUCCCGACUUGCGAAGACAGUACAGGAAAUGAAAAGAAAAAGAAUCGCGCUCAACAUAAAAACAUAACGACGCUACCAGAAGAAUCUAUAAAGAAUGAAAUUCCACUUGAACAUCAGAAAAAGCAUCUUACAGAGAUGCGAUAUAAAUGUGCCUAUUGUACUUUCUCCAGUAACAAGAAAGAGUAUUUACACAAUCAUCAAAGUACACAUACUGUCGAAAAAGUCGAAAAACCACACAAAUGCUCGUACUGUAGCUACGCUGCAUGUAUGAAAAGUAUUAUCAAAGUACACGAGAGGAUACACACUGGUGAAAAACCUUACAAGUGUAACUAUUGCAGUUACACUAGUUCCACAAGCAAAGUUCUAAAAACACACGAACGAAUACACACUGGUGAAAAGCCUUAUCAGUGCGACUACUGUACUUACGCCAGUGCCAAGAGAUGUGCAUUAAAUCUCCACGUAAGAACACACACAGGUGAAAAGCCUUACGAGUGUAAAUACUGCGGCUUCAGAGUUGCCAAUAAAAGUCAUUUGACAACCCAUGAAAGAAUACACACUGGUGAAAAGCCAUACAAAUGUAACUACUGUAGCUACGCGAGUGCCCAUAAAAGCGAUAUAAAUGUUCAUGAACGGUCUCACACUGGCGAGAAACCAUACACGUGUAACUACUGUGAUUACGCUAGUUAUCUAAAAAGUAGUAUAAAAGUCCAUGAAAGAAAACAUACUGGUGAAAAGCCAUACAAAUGUACUUACUGUAGUUACACUAGUGCCCAAAGAGGGCAUUUAAAGGCACAUGAAAUGACACAUACUGGUAUAAAACCCUACAGAUGCGACCAAUGUAAUUUUGGUAGUGUGUUUAAAAGCAGUUUACUAGAACACAAAAAGGGCCACUUACACCAAGCACAAUUGACGAACACUGGCCCCCUUUCGCAAGUGCCCGGCGACCAUAUAGAUGUAAUAAGCGGCAAUUAAGAUAAUGACGGCACUACAUACAUCUAUUUUUUUUUAUGUGUUCGUGUGUUAGUCGGAAUCCUAAUAGAAUAGAAUAAAACUUCAUUUUAUAUAAAUUAAGUUACAGAAUUAUGGCCCGCCAAGUGCAAGUAGUAUUAUUUUAUGUAAUAUAUGUUUUAGGUUUUCGGAACUUAUGUACGAAAUAUCAUUUGAUGUUUACCAGUCGCUUUUCGGUAAAGGAAAACAUCGUGAGGAAACCGGACUAAUCCCAAUGCCUCCAAUGAGACCUAGUUUACACUCUGGGUUGGGUCAGAUGGCAGUCGCAUUCGUAAAAACUAUAGUGCCUACGCCAAUUCUUGGGAUUAGUUACCAAGCGGACCCCAGGCUCCCAUGAGCCGUGGCAAAAAUGCCGGGACAACGCGACGAGGAUAAUGAUGUUUUAGGUUUCAAAAAGAGAAAUUGAGAUAGAUGCAAACUUUAAGUAUUUUAUCAAACACGACACACUUUACCAAUUUUUAACAUAUUAGAAUUAGACAUGAUUGACAGAAAAAAACAUGGUAACCAAUACCAAAUAAAAAACAAAAAUAUAAACUAGAGUUCUCUACGCUAAUAUUAUAAAUAUAUCUAAUGUGAAAGCCCUCAUUAUUUGGUCGUGAAAUAUUAUAUUUACAUCCCGAUUUUUAUAAAGAUUUUAACAGUUACAGAUUUUCUCACUGAUUAUUUUGUUAAGUAACGCAGUAUUGAUAUCUUAAGACUAUAAAACUAGUUAAGUAUACUUAUGGACAAAUUUAGAGGAACGCAGAAAAAGUUUAAUUACAAAUUUUGAAAUUACUUUAGGUGCUGUAAUCCAGUAAUUAAAACUUUUUGCGUUCCUCUAAAUUUGUCCAUGGGUAUAAUUAUUAAAUAAGUUAUUAUAAUAAUACUUAGUUUAAGAAAAUGUAUGUCAUAUCCUGGCUGUAUUAUUUUAUAACAUAGUUUUUUUACAAUGGUGCAAUUUUUUUUAAAAUACAAAGCCUAUAUUGCAUAGACAUAGUAUAUACAAGUAGUUAUAGACGCGCCACCGAGCGACCAGGGUAAGAAUAUUCAUAUAAAAUUUGGGCAGUAUACGAUUUUUUCUCUUUCACUCUUAUAAAUUUCGGUAUUUCACCAUCGCCUCCUACCUAUGAUGCCACCCGGUCGGUGAGGACAAAGCAUGGCACUAUUUUCUCUUUCCUCUUAUAUGAAUCGCAAUAAGACUAUCUUUCUCUAUCAAAGAGUGUCAGGCCCUUGCUAUAUUGUGUCCCUCUGCUGGGCAAAGGCCUCCCCCUGUCUUCCACCACUUCCCACGGGUUUGUGCAUGCUCCCGCCAGUCGCCACAAAAAAGUCCAAGUCGUCACGCCAUCUCCUUUUUGGCCUGCCUCUGCCUCGGAUCUGUGGUCCCCAUUCGGUCGCUAUUUUGGCCCUAUAGAUGUGUUUCGCCCAAUCCCACUUGAGCUUGGCGGCCUUCACACCCACAUCCGCGAUACCAGUUUCAGUACAAAAAACUUAAAGAAGCGCCACAGAAACUCAUAAAGUUUAUGCGUGGUGUAAACUUUAUGUAUCACUUCGCUCAAACUGCAUGUUUAAUAUUUCAUUAUAUAAAGUUAGUAUACUAGAUAUAAUAAGAAAGAGAAGUUAGGUAAACAGAUAGCAGGUAUAAUCAUAUAAAAUUAAUUAUGAGUGUAUGUACGAGUAAGCAACCUGCCCGUGCAUACAUAUACAUGGAUGAAUGAAUAUACCUAUAGAUACACUUCAAGUUACUGAUAAGUUUGUUAAUUAAUGAUAACUUUGUUUUCCGCUUACUGCUCCUACACUAGCUACUUUAGAUUAGAAAUUAUUUAAUUAAGGUAGGGCACUCAAGGUCUAUUAACACAUUGCUUAUUAUUACAUCAUUUUUGUAUAUGACUGUUUGUUGCCUAAAUAAAAAAAAAUAACACUUGCCAUAACACAUUCCCGGCCUUUAUGUAUAAUAUUAAAUUUAUUGAACGCGUUUUUACACCUAUUUUAAUUUUCGAGACUGUUUUUAUACAUAUCUUCUGGUAGAUUAAUUAGUAAAUAUCUACGUAUCUUGGUAAAAUAUGUGUAUUUCCAUGAGAGAAGUCCUUAUGCACAUGUAGCAUAAAGCCGGAUUCACAUUUGUCUGUCGUGUUGUGUGGUCACGCAUGCACGCUGCGUCAGACAAAUGUGCACGCAACCAUAUUCUUCUUUUCUUGAUGGACUUGAGGGCGGUGUUGCCCGUAGCCAAUGUCACGUAAAAGGGUAGGAACGAAAUAAAUGCUCUUAGAGCACGACGCUGUUCGGUGGUUGUUGUAGUUGUCUCGUAAAACCGAUAGCUGGAUUUUACGAGAAGCACGUGGACUACCGGCCGUUGACUCCAAAAUGGUGGUUAAACACGCUUUGAGAUUAAUUCUCCAUUCACUGCACACUACCACAUUAGAUUAUUGUAUAAUAAAGCUAUCGAUAUUACACU